AUGAGCACACGCGUCACCAGAGCCGAAGCACGCAGGAGGAUGGCGGCCCUCCAGGAACCUCGCCCGGGGCAAGGAUGGUCGGAGACCCGGCCUACCCGAGCUCCGCGGCGGGCCCUGAAGCGGACCCGCGACGAGGACUCCGCACCAGAACCCGCGGUGAGCUCCGACAGCGACGUGGAGGUGGUCGGGGAUCCCGCCGUCGAGGAGAGAGAGAGCCACUCGGAGGAUGUCUGUCGGGCCACCGAGGAGACUCGGAAACGGUUCCGAGAGCGGGAGCCGUCGGACGAGGAGCAGCAGCGGUCGACGGAGGAGGAGGCGAGAUGGCAGGCGCGACUGCGGCAGGACCACGAGGCGGCGGCGACGCGAUGGCAUGCCCGCUUGCGAGAGGCGGAGGAAGAGGAGCGACGGCUGUGGGAGGCACCGGUGGAGGACGCGUGGGAAGUGCCACUCACCCCCAGAUACGCGGCCGAGGAGCCCAGUCCGAGGAGCGAGGACGAGGACGAGCAAUGCGCGCCAUCCCCUCCGCGGUGGUUGCCCGAGGUACCACCCACUCCCCGCUACGAGGGGGAGUGGCUCACAGACGGCGACGGAGGAGCACCGUUGGCCACGCCGCCGUGGAGGCCGGUCCGGCCACCCACGCCGCGAUACAUCGAGCCACAGCGACCGGAGGAGCACACGCCAAGCGAAGAGGCGACCGCGCAGCCAAUGCCACAACCACAGGAGGAGGAAGUCCACCAGGCACGGGCGGAGGAGCCGUCGGUGGUGCGGACGGAGGUGCCGGCCGCGCACGUGAGCCACAGCACACGGGCGUUCGUGGCCGAGGGCGUGCGGUGGCGGUAG